AUGGCGUUGUCAGGCUUUGCAUCUGUGCAGAAUCCGAUGGAUCCGAGGAAGUGGACUUCUGGAACCCUUUUGGAGUACCUGCAGCUUCAUGAAAUUUUCACUGGUAUGGAGUGGGAAAGUCAUACCGUUGGGAAGGAGGAACGUUUGCUGUUGGUGCGUGCAGUCAGGGAUGAUCUUGAUCGUUUCUAUCAUAUGGGUGGUGACGCGUCGGGGUUAGUGCCUCUGGAAAAUGUUCUGGAAACUGAUCCAAAAAUUCUUCUGAGGUGCCGCGUUCCUCCAGGAGCUGCUACGUUGCUCAGGCAAUACCCCCAAAAGCUGGGUGAUACUGUCAACGCGGGACUUGAAAUGUUGAUGGAGGAGAGAACCAAAUAUAGUUCCCCUGCUGCAUGGAAGUGCACCAGCAAUGCUCUGCCAAUGGUGGAGUGGUGGCUGGGUCUCACUGUUGAUGAAGAAGGAGAAAAAAUGAUACGAGAGGAGACGGGGUUUCGUGUUUGCGGUCGUUCUUUUCAACCUGGGGAAAUACUUGUGUUUUGCAAGGAUUGCGCCUCAGAUUGUUCGUGUGUGAUGUGUAGUGACUGUUUCAAGAGUUCUCCAUGCAUUAAUCAUAAUUAUGUCGUGCGGCAGUGCUUGAUUGGUGGGGGUAUGUGUGACUGUGGUGACCCGUCUGCGUGGAAAACUGCUUCUUUUUGCACACGACAUAGGGGAUUUCAGAGUUCGGCGGAUCCUGCUGCCGAUAUGGACUGUACUAAGCGACAGUGGCUUGAGGUGUUGUCGCGUGGUCUUGUACUAUACAUUACGACGAUUGUUGGCGCACAGGCGGAAUACCAAUGCAAUAGUAACAGUAGUGAUGAUCAAUUGGCAAGGAUGCAGUGGUUUGAUCGAGCACUUCGUCGGAUAGCUGACAUUGCACUGCUUCUUUCGGCCAGUGGUGACGGACCCCGACGUGUGCUGUGCCAUAGCCUUAUGGAGAAGGCGCUCGUAUCCCGGCGUGUUGAGUGCGUAGCGGAUGGAAAAAGGCUGGAGGAGAUGCGUCACCUUUCUUGCAUGGAAGAAUUAUUUUUAUAUGGGUUUGAAAUCCCCAAGUUAUCCCGUUUUUCCAUUUGGGAACGCUCUAUUCUUUGGUUAUUCAACAACACCCUCUGUGACCCGCUGAUCCGCGUCCCCUUUGCGGAGCUUCUUUUAAAGUACGGGGAACGAGGCGCCACGAGGAGGGAGUUACAUGUUGCAACGCUCAGCGUUCAGGUCUUUACAUCCAGUGAUGUUGUGGACAGCCUUUUACUGCGGGAGCCACAUCCAAAGUGGGAAAGUGUGCUCAAGGGAGAAACAAUUCUUCAUCGGCUUAUCUCUUGCCUGUUGUAUUGCAGUUGUGAGACCAUGAAUGUGAGAAACGCUUCCCCACAAGAGGUCUCGAGGGCAGUCAGGUGUUGUAGGUGGAUGACAGAAGUGUUGUGUGUGACACAGAACACUUGUGCAAUCGUUGUGUCGCGCCAACUUUAUCGCGGCUGGUGCAGGUUACUCACGAUUAAUGGGAGUGCUAGUAUGGUGUUUCGAAGGACAUCAGUGGGCGAGUCAGACGGGGGCAGUGUGGAAACGGACUGUGCUAUGAAUAUAGAGUUAGAGCUGCAGCAAAUGUUUCACCGUAUAGCGAAUAUGGCCCGCGACGUAGCGGUGUCGUUGCACGCGGGCGAGUUGUUAAUUCCGCCCCGCCUGUUGGAAAGUCUUUCGUCUUCCUCGUGGUGUGGUGCAUUGGACCCCGCUGUUGAGAGCAGCAAGCGUCGUGACAUGCUUGAAGGGUUUUCCGUACAGGGUGGAUCAGCACUGUUGGUCGGAGGCGGUGGGGUUGGGUGUAACGUAACUUGUCGAGAGUACAUGCGUGAGCUAAUGAGAGAGUGUAUGGUGGCCAUUAACGCCCUUCUCCAAGAAAAGCGGGGCGGGUUUUCCCCAAAGGAAGUAAUUUCUGUGGACGCAGAUGGGAAGCCACUACUGGAACGAUAUGACUUGCUAGAUAAAAAAUCACCUAAUCCAACAUCGUUUGUGCUUCCGCACAUGCGAUUCUUCGCAGAAAUAGUGAAGUCGUGGAUGAAGGUACAAAAGCGAAUUGAAGAAAGCGGGGCGGAAGUUGAACAGGGGUCAUUCGUCUCUCUUCUUUCGGAGUUGUUUGCGGAAACAGAAGCGAGGGCAGAUUAUUGGAUUGAUGAGCUUCUCAUGCCAUUGGUCCUGCUCUGCCAACAUGAGCAAGGUCUUUGGCAUGGUGAGCGCUUUGAGUUGUCAAGGCGUUGCGAGUGUUACGUUGCUUGCAGUACACUCAUGAUCGAAGCAGACGUGUGCAUGAUGCAACUGCUUAUGCUUUUGGUCCCCACAGAGACGUUUGCAGCUCAGUUGCUGAAUCGGUUCAUGUUCUCUAAGGAGAAUCGUGCGUUGGGUUACACCGGCUUUUUGAGGCUUGUCCUCACACUUUGUGUACAGGACUGCAGUUUACUAAUUAAUAAUAAGGCUGAUUUAGUCUUCGCAUUGAAACGGCGGUUACUGCACGUCAUUGCAGGGGACCGCGGUCACUCCCUUGACGACCUGGAGAGGGUAGCCAGUGAGUUGGAACAUGCUUUACCCGGCAUCAACCUUGAUGAAUUGCUUCCAUUAAUUUUUAGAGAAGUGACCACGACAGUGAAAAGCCGGAAGAGGGCGGUGGUUCAGUUCAAGGAUGUUUGCACGUGGCGGUCGUACAUAAACCUUUAUCAUCCAUCACUUCGGGACCACCAUUUACCUGAUAUGUGCGAUCUCUACGACCGUUUAGUGCGGAGGAAGCGGAUGGGAACCGACAGUGGGGGGGAGGGAGACUCUAACGAUGCACCGGCGGUGUUCCCUCCACCUAACAUACGAUGGGUUGAAGUGACUGAGCGGCCUGAGGAAGGGUCGUGGGAGGCUCGUCGUGCCGCCGUAUUCCGUGACAAGGUGUUUCUACUGCUACAGGAUCCUUGUGUGCUUAGCGUUGCCAUACGUGCAGUUCACGGAUACAUGUUUGACGGGCUGGAGGGCUGUUCGGGGUCUGAGGGGACGGUAAGUAUCAUUACGUUGGCGCAUGCCAUCUCUUUGCUGUACCUUGCAAUGAGGGCAUGCACAAUCAUUGGUGCUGGUGCGUCAGGUGGAUCUGCUGCUACUGUGGUGGAUUGGGAUGCGGUUGGUAAGUUUCAUAAAAAAAAUUCAUCCCCACCGAUACACGCUCCGCAACAACUCAACCAGCUGCUCGGUGUGGAAGGUCUUCUCAACGCGAGGAACCUUAAGGAAGCCCUUGAAGUUCCUGUGGAAGCGGAUUUAGUUUUUGGGGCGGGCCGUUCACCGGUGUCGACAGCGUCCGCGACUACAACAGUGGAUGCGCUACGCAAACUACGCACCCGUUUCCGUGAGGUAACGAAGGAUAUAUUUGGUAUUGUUGGAAUGGUAGAGUUUAUACUUCAAGGCAUGAGUGAACCUUCCCUUUCGGUUGGGGCAGACAAGCCAGCGGUUGGGGAGUCGCAGCGUGGAGAGGGUGAGUGCUGCCGACCGGACGUCAAGGGGAAGCAGUCAGCGCUUUUGAAGCGUAUGAAAGCGAUUAACGCGAAGAAAAGUUUUGCCAUGCUCUCUGAUCCUUCGAGGUUUGGCUUUUAUGCAACACAAGACGCACCUGCACCGGGUGUGAAACCUUCUGUGUGUGAAGGUGGCAGCCAUUCUUCGGUGGCCAACCCAAUACUGCAGCGUAUCCGAAGCAUGGAUUGUUGCAUAUGCCGGGAUCAUGCGAGGGGAUCGCUUGCUCUUUUCGGAAACGUUUCUGUGUCUGAUGUGCUUGACCGCCUUCGAUUUGACGACACAGGGGUCGACUCCCACCAGCAACAACCUCAAAAGCGCAAGCUAAGCACUCAUUUUUACCUCUGUGGACAUGCCGCCCACAUGAGUUGUGUGAAGAGGAUAUUUGGUCGAAUGGCCUCCACUUUGCAAAACACGCCAGACAUGGACCGGUUGCCUGCAGCGGUUACUCGCAACGAUUUCAGCUGUCCAAUGUGCCUCAUGGUUUGCACCACGCUCUGCCCGUGCCCCGUGCCACCUGCGAAUGUGGCGACGGGAGAGGCAUCUUCCCUGUUUGAGAUGGUACGGGAGAGUUCGUUACGUGCUGUCAGCUCUGACGAGGCCGCCCGAGGUGCACUGCAGAGUUUGUGGUGUGACAUUUCUAGCGUAGCUGUUACCAAUUCUUCCUGUGAUGGCAGCGGGAAUGAAUCGCGGAGUGUGCGGAAGCAACCGCGGGACGAAAAUAAGAACAUUCGAGAGGUUGUCGAGGUUGCUCGAAGUGUUCGUGCGCAAAUGUGCGUAGCGCUCGAGUGGGUGAAGGUUGGAGGUGCUGUGCUGUACAAUGAGCUGCUCACCCUCCUCUCCCUCAUGAUAUCACUGGAGCCAAUAUUACUUGAAGGGACUAUUUCCCAUGCUUGUGCGGAACUUUCCUGUCACGAUGUUGAUGAUAAUUUUUGCGUACUUAUUCUAAAUGCACUACUGCAUCCCUCAGACGCGGCAGAGUACGUGGCUCAGUACACGACACUCUUACUGCAUUCGAGUGAUUGCUCUGCCCUCACCUCGGGGCCCGUCGACGAUGAUGGCCAAGGCGCUCACAGUGGACUUCUUAUGUCUGUAUGGCGUGAGUUGGGGUGCCUUACGCUUCUCAAGGCGUUGCUGACCGACAAUACACCAUCUGAGGUGGUACAGAUCGGUGACGAUAAGGUUGUAUUCAUUCCGUUUCAGUCGGAAGAGCUUGCAACGUUGGAGGGUCAGAGCCAAGCUGUUUUCACCAUGUUGUGCUAUUUGUUGCAGAAACCGCUUCAAAACUGCGAGUGGGGACAUACAAAAGCCUCGGAGGCCUUGGUCUCGCUAAUUCACAAAGCGGUCUCGGAAGGGAAUGAGAAGAUGAUCAAAGGAACCCCGCUUAGUUUACUGCACCGUUGCCGCGACGUGUCUCUUCUUGAUGACGCGCCUCGUUUCAAACCGUUGGGUGUUGUGUAUGAAGGGGCCUUAUUGUGGAAGCGGUUCUUAAUGAAUCGUGUGUUGCACCUUCCUGAUGCCCACGCCCAAUUACUCCUCAGCCUCAACCCCAAUGAACCUUGUAGCAUGUGUGGCGAUACAGAAGGGAAUCGUCUCCUGUGCUGCUUCUGUGGCAAACUCUUUUGCUUGAGACCAUCACAAAGGCCACCGGAGCUUUACAUUCAUGCCCUCUCGUGUGGCAGUGGCCUUGGUGUUUACAUGAGUCCCGAAGACAAUCGUAUAUACGUGCUCGAAACUAGAAGGUCUCAAGUUGUUGUUCUAGCGGGUCCUUACGCCGACGAGUAUGGUCGACCUGCAGUGCGUGGCUACACCUCGCGCCAGUUAACCCUUAAUGACGACUUGGCGCAUUUUUUGCUUUCCUUGUGGAUUCGGUCGAGGUGGAAUGUGGAGUUUACUGUGGUCAGUGAAAUGAAGCGGCGGGACCUUCGACUCCUUUAA